GUCAAAUCGGAACAGAGUUUCGGAUAUCGUGUCUUUGCUGGUCCUCCGGUGCGUUAGUGAAUGUGUCGUGGUGACCGGUAAAGCGAACAGUCCGGUGCAAUUAUCGCCAUUUUCAUCAGAGUGGAAGUGUUAAUUGCGCUUGCUAAUUGUGCCGUAAUCGGUUCGAAAGCGAAAUCGUAUACGCAAUAGGGUUUGGGCUUGGAAGGUGCAGUGAUGAUGCGCUUCGUAGUAUUGUUGCUAGUGGUUGGUGGCGCGUUGAGCGAACCUCAUGAAGGAUACUUUUAUCCAAGACCAACGCCACAGUGCAUACCGCAGGUUUACACGGAAACGGUCACCGAUGUUAGGACGGAGACAUUGAAUCACUUCUUUACCGACGUGAACACCGUCUACCUGACAGACUAUCUGACUUCGACGGUGGUGAAUCCGAUCUACAUCACGUCCACCGAGUACUCAGUUUCAACCGUGGUCGUACCGAGGCUCGAGUUCUUGACCGAAACCAGCACGCUGAUCGUGCAACCGAGUCCAGUGGUGCAGUAUGUGACGGAAACUGUCUUCUCCACGAUCGUCGCUCAAUCUGACUUCGGAGGAGUGGCACAAGUGGCAGGACCCGGCAACACUUAUCUGCCACCCUUCCCUCCAUCUCCACCAUCACCACCACCGCAACCACCAGUACCGCAGCUGAACCCUGAGCUGUUCAAUCCCGCUAUCCAACUUCAGCAGCCUCCGGCAUACGUUCCUCCACCGCAAGUGUCUCUUCCGCCAGUGUUGGACCAUCCCGUGACGCACCUUCCCUUUGGCGGACUCGAUGUGGGAAGCAUCGGUGGACAGCGUUCGCUUGGUGGUGAACCGAUUGACCUAGCGUCUGUCCAGGAAUUUGGUGGUGGUGUGCAUACUCUUCCGCACGUUGGAGCCCUACCACCGGCUUUCGAUCAGGAAGGAUAUCGUUACAAACGAAAACUGAGUGAGAAGCAAUCUGAAGCAGUAGCCACGUCUCGCGAUUCAUCAAAGACGAAAUCUGAGCGAGAGCAGGCAAGCAAGGCGUAAAGGUGAGACCAAAGCUGCUCAAUUCUAAUAAUGCUGACGGAAGUCCGGAGAAGCAAGUCAGAAACAAACCACCAACUAGUUUGAUCGAGUGUUAAGUUUGAGUAGUAGUACUAGCAACAUAAUAGUGGUAAAAGCGUUACGCUGAGCGUUGGAAAUUCGUCGUGACAAAUACUCGACUGCAAAAUUUUUAAUAGUUUCUUUUGGUUUAAGCGUGUCUAGAACAAUUAUGCAUUAAAUAAUGAACGUUGUGGUCGGUUUUUAAAUAAAUU